UGCUCACCGCCAUCUUGGUAUUCAACCAUUUUGGCAUCCCUUUGCUCACACAAUCAUUUUUCCCUUUUACGGUAAUGUCAUGCUCAAUCAAAAGGCUGACAAUAAGACUGUGACAUGCAACCUGAACCCUGAUCUAUUCACUUAUUGCUAUCUAAUGCUGAACGCAUCACCCUUCCCCUUCCUUCCCUCCCCGUCUCCCCCGUGCCCUGUAGAAAGACACCAGGGUUCAAACAUGAAGUCGGGUACUUAGCCAUUGGGAAAUGUACUUCAGGUUGUCUGUUUCCAGUAUUCUGCAUGAAACUUUGUGUUUUCAAGAUACUACACGGUUGUUAACCCAGAUUAAAUUUCUGGGAAUUUUUCUUUCAUUUUAUAAAUGAGGGAAAUGGAGACAGGAAUUAAAAAUGUAUUGCCUGGGACCGUCAUUCACUGGGCAGUAUGUAUAAAUAUGCCAACUUCUGACUUCCCACUCACGGUGCGAGUCCACUGGCUAUGCUGCUCCAGUGGGCAUUCCCUCCUGCGUCAUCUUUACCUGUCAAGGGGGAUCCACUGAUUAUCCUCCCAUCUUACUUUCAGGACACUUUCCAGCAUCUGCAAUGUGUUAGAAAGCAGCUGUGUUCGCUUUGCUACCCUGGUUCCUCCCUCCAGUGCUAAACCCAUCCCUUUGCAGAAGGGGGAAGAGAAAAACCAGGAUGGGAACACAGAGCUAAUGAAUUGCAGAGAAACAGACUCAGUUUGAUUCUCACAUCUUCUGACUUCUAAAUCCCUGCCUUUGCAAGCCAAAUGCCUUUGAUUUCAUGUAGGACUUUGGAUGUAGUUCCUACACUUCAGAAAAUGACUUAAGGAAUAGUCACUGCGUACUUUCAGCAACUCGCAACUGAAGAAAACGAGAGGUUUGAACUUCAGAACAUCUGUACUUACACCAAUGGAGGAACCGACUCCUCACUCCAAAAUUAUUUUCCACGGACCGGCAUCUAGUGGAAGAUAAGGCUGGCUAUGUCUAUGGUAACAACUCUGGUGCGCAGCGCUGGCUGUCCAUUACCAUGGCCUCCCUUUGUACAGGCUUUGGUCUGUGCCAACAACGGCUCUCCCAGAUGGUGCCUGAGCAUGGUUUGGGAGUUAGCGUUGGACCGUGCUGAUGGCCAGUGGCCAGGUUAGAUGUUUCCCUCCCCUUUUGAAGGGUAGGAGAAUGUUGCCAUCCAGGUGCAAGCUGCGUAACACUGACCACCCCCAGGACCAGAGAACAGGCACUGUCCUGUUUUAUUUAAAAGUACCAAUGGUGUCAAAUUGUCCCUUCUUGCAGCAUGUGUGGUCCGGAUGGGUGGCAGUGUUUUUAAUUCAUUUCUUCUUUGAGACUGAAUGAUCCAGCCAUGCACCUUGACAUCUUUGCACUCAGUGCCUCCAACUAGGUCUACCAGGAGAGGAGGCUACAUCGCUGCUGUUCCCCUCCAUCCCCAAAUCAUCACUGGGUAGCUCAGGGGGCACUCCUCUGUCACGUACCGUAGUCAUGUUCUGCCUGCUGCACCUCCGCUCCUGCUUGGACCAGGUCUGAAUCCACCUGAGAUUAUUGGGAUGCUACAGUUGGAGAAGAUCAGGAGUAGUGGAUAAUAAAAACAAGUAGAUGUUUUGGGUUUUUUAUUUCCCCAAGAGAGGAGGCCUUAAAUGUCUGAUAGCUAAAGAAACACUGCUGAAAUAAUGGUGGUGGUAGCUUUUUUUCUUAAGUGGCAAGGAUGCUAGGAGCCUUCAGCUCUUCCUUCUUCUGUCAGUGGCCCCAGGGAGGGCUAGCUGGACCUUAGCUGGCUUUUAACCUUCUCAGGCACACUGGAAUUACAGAUUUGGGCUGCCCAUCCUGGAGCUUGCUCGGCCGUUGAGCACCAGCCACCGCAGUAAAACCUUUCAGCCCUCCGAGGAUUUGGAGGCACCUCCCGGACUUCCCUGUGCCACUGGAAAUUGCCUGCCUGCCGUUGGAACAUGUGGUGGGUGUACCUGUGUGUGCAGCCCGGGCAUGUGCAAGCCUUCGGGGCACAUGACUCAUUUGUCAUUUGCAGCCCUGGCCAACCACCCAAACACCAUCCCAGACAACUUGGUCCUGUUCCCGUGUCCUCUGCUUCUGCUGCCAUCUAGGAAAGUGUAUUUUCUCAGGCCCUCAGUCUAACGUGUAAAUGCUAUCCUUCACCCGAUUUUUCUAAGAGAGGCCAAGGGUGCAUACUGAAGUAGGUAAAACUUGGGUGCAUCUCAUUUGAGAUGGACUUGAUUCCUGUUUUGUUACCCGUGAAGAGUUGCUCCACACUACAGCCUGAAAAGGAGAGAGAUUAGCUGCCUCCUUCAACAGAAGAGGAACUGGAGCCCGUGAUCUCCUGGCUGCCUGUGCAGGACAGUCCACCUUUGGCAAGGAGAAUUUCUUGAAGCUGGGGAGGAGGAGGAGGAGGAGCGGGAUCCAUUUUGGAUCCCGUGUGGGGAUGCCUGUUGAGCGCGCGUUGCUCGCAGGAGACUGCACCAGGGCUUACACGAGAAUAUGGAGGGGUUUGGGCAGGAAGCCAAACCAAGCUGGGUUGUACGAAACGCAAACAGAAAAUAGCAAUUCGCGAUGCCUCAUAACUCAGUCAAACCUGCAAAGGGCUUCACAGGGCCAGGAAAAGGUUAUCCCUUCGACAGCAGCCCUGCCAAGUAUCUUAUUUCCUUUCCAAAACCACAGAGCCCUAAUAACUCUUCAGAGACAUUUACAGGGAUCUUCGGUGACAGGAAGAGCUAGGUGUAACUUUGUUAAUUGUUAAGGCUCGCAUUGCAAGCUUUUAUUUCAUAAAUGAUAAACGUGGAAGGCGGUGUUGUGAUCCUGUCGUCUGGUCUCCGACCUAACAGUUGCUGUACUGAGCCUGAUAAUGCGUGCGUCGGUUCUGCUUUAUAUUUUAAAAAAGUCUUCACCCUCUUAAGCGGUAGCUUUAUAUUUUAGAAAAGUCUUCGCUCUCUUAAGCGGUAGAAGCUUCUGCCCUAUGGUUAAUUACGUCUACUGAAACAUACCGAUUUGUUCAUGGCUUUGUUUGGUGCUGCAUGUUCAGCGGUUGACAUAAGUACCGAGUUGGUAUUUCUUUUAAAAAGGGAAGUUUCACUCUGUGGUUGGCUGCAUUAUUAUUUCUCUGACUGACUUCUCUGGAAAGAAGACCAUAAUUGUCAUUGCAGGGUUACUGGAAAGCUGAAGUGAGGCCUGUGCACCGCGCUGUGAUGUUCGGUUCUUUGGUGUGGGAGGUGUGGGUGGCGCCCCCGUUGAAUGCAAAGAGCAGAGACGCGUUGGCAAUGGGCUGCUGCUGCUUCUGUGCGUUCAGGGCUGAGCUGGUACUUGAAGGUUGCCGACGUGGUGUGUGUUGCUGAAGUUGAGUUAAAUUAGGAUCGCCUUACGUACCACGUUUGUUCCGUGUAAGAAAUGUUAAUUCUAGAUGCUUAUCUAGAAUAGCCUCCUCGGUGUAACUGGCUGAAUUAGCAACCGAAGGCCGAAGUAUGGCAGAAAUGUAAGCCUGUAAAACACGUCAACUGGUGGGGAUUAGGAGAGUGCUCUGCCUCCAUUAGGUCAGUUAUAAACUGUCACGAGCUAUUUUUCUAUUAAAGAAGAGGUCUCAGUUAAUGAAUUGUUGUGUGUGGGAGUUAAUGCUGGAUGAGUCCCCCGUGGCUUUCGUGAUGAGGGUCAAAUAAAAUAUUAAUGAAAUUAAAACAAACAAUCCCCUGCUCAUCCCAAGUAUUUUCCAGAUGGGUUUCUCUAAACACUGGUCAGGGAAGAUGUGGACCCUCACAAGAUGGGCCAGUGUCAUUUCUCCCUUUUCACAGGUAGGGAGAUGGAGGCUGUGGAGAGCAGCGACUCCAGGGCCUCACAUUCCAGCAGCAGGGCUGGAGGUCCAGGAGUUCUCCUGUCUGGUGCCUUUGCUCUGAUCCCUGGUUUCAGCUGCCUUCUCAGAGAAAUGAAAGUGCAUCCAGACUGCUCCUGCACUGGCUUAUCUUCCCAGGUCUGGGAUGGCCCUUAGGAGUCCCAAAUCUCAAGUCUUCUUAUACUUACUCAAAAAACUUCCCCACGCUUCCAGAUCCGAUAAUAUAACCCAGGAGAUGUGGUUCUUUUCUCCUGAUGGAUCAUCCACAGGACACAUUUCCUUGUCUUGCAGAUUGUCCGUUCCAGAGGCCGAGUAUAGGAGCUCGAAUGACAGGCUGGGGAAGGAGUGUCUCUUUUUGGUUCCACCUGCGUAGUACAGUGCAGUGUAAAACAUCUUGAGCUGGAUGGAGACAAGCAAACUAGCUCCAGGAGCAGCAUCCCUGAAUCACUUCAGUCCAGAUCCCAGGCUAACACAAUCACAGUGCUUUCAUACUCCAAACUCUAGGAACUGUGGGGCAUAACAGGGCGUUAAGUAUCUACGGUGCUUUUGGACAUCGCGCAAAGCUGUACAUUUAUUCAGAGGGAGCUGAGAAAUCUUCCCGCUGCUGCAAAGUGGAAGGACGUACUCUGCGUCUCUGGGCAUGACUCUUAGGUGGUACAGAGAAGCAGUCCAGUGUAUGGAGAAGGAGACCUAGGCAGGCACUCCAGUCCAAACAGAGUUGAUUCUGUUUGCGUCGUGCAAAAAUCAAAGCUAAAUGCCUUUUCUCGCAACCUGUUUGCGUACCUUGGGCACCGAACAGCCUAAGCAAGAUUUGUCACAUUUUCUGCGCCAGGUGCUGGUGCAUGUAUGUACGUGCGCGUGCUCUGGGGAGGGCAGGGCUGUAUAACACCCCUUCAGCGAAGGCCACGGGGGGCUCGUUGUGCAGAGCUGGCUAAUGACAGCACGUGGCCAGUUAAGGGUGGUGUGACAUACUGCACUGACAACAAGCGCAAGGAGGAACUUACGAAGUCAGAGAAGUUGUAGUUAGGAACAUUUUAAAACACUUUCCCGUUAUUUCCCCCCCCCCACCACCCCCCGUCUGUCUCUAAAGAUCAAAUAAACAAGGAAAUGGAAAUACUAAAAUGAUUUCAGAGGGCAAUCAACAUACUGAUAACCAUUCCUCCCUGCUUCCUCCAAAAAAUUGGAGGGCUGCCUGCCUCGCAUCGUGUGGGUAUCACUGCUAGGAAUUGGAAAUCAGAUGUGACAGUGGCCAAAUCUUUUCCCUUUCGGCUGGGGAAGUGUAUUGCCUUUUUGGUAAAGAUCCUUGCAUCUGUAAAUAAUAAUAAAGGGAACGUUAAUAAUUUUGUCAUAUUUCUGUAGCAGACCACAAAAGGGUGUCCUGCAGUCUGCUCGCUCUUUCUCCCCUCUCAUCUUCUUGUCUGCCUUUCAGGAUUCACCGGGAUCUUGUUGCGUUGCUGGUAUAAGCCCCCCUUUCAGCAGAAGUGCUGAAGCAGAAGCCCGUCUCCACCUCCCCGGGAAGAGCCCAAGGGGGGUGCGGAGCGAUAAAAAUUUAUGUUUUCAUCAAGCCGGGCCAAGGAGAAUGGGGGUCCCACACCCAAAAGAAUGAAGACACGACAGAACAAAGACUCAAUGUCGAUGAGGAGUGGACGGAAGAAAGAGACUCCAGGGCCCCGAGAGGAGCUCAGGUCACGGGGUCGAGCUUCCCCCGGGGGCGUCAGCACCUCCAGCAGCGAUGGCAAGGCUGAGAAAUCCCGACAAGCGACAAAGAAAGGCCGGGUGGAGGAAUCCUGCACCCCCAAGGGCAGCAAGCAGAGCCGAACAGAAGAAAUCUCGGAGAGUGAAGGGGAGGACACCAACGCUCCCAAAAAAACAAAAACUGAGGAGUUGCCCUGUCCUCCAUCCCCGUCCGAUGUUGACAGCCUUGAUGGCCACAGCUUCAACGAUGAGAUGAGCAGUGACCCACGAGACAUUGACCAGGAUAACAGGAGCACCUCACCCAGCGUCUACAGCCCUGGCAGCGUGGAGAAUGACUCCGACUCCUCCUCCGUGCUGUCCCAGGGGCCGUCUCACUCCUACCACCACCCUCCGCUCUUUCCCCAGAGCCCGCCGGUAGCUCCCCCACCCGACAGCCUGGCCCGUCCACCCGAGCCCAGCUUUGGGCUCCCGGGCGAGGUGCACCCCCAGGGACCCCCGUCAGGGAGCUACCACUCCCAGCUGGACGGCCAGGCGUCCCGCAUUUUCCAGGCUCAAGCCCCGCAGACACCCGCCGCCUCCUCCUCCUCUUCCUCCUCCGCCUCUGCUGUUGCUGCCCCUUCUGCUCCCCCUUCCUCCUCCUCUUCCUCCUCGUCGUCCUCCUCCUCCUCCUCCAGCCACGCUCCUCUUUACCCUACGGCCAACGUGGUCCAGGUUGGGGCCAAAAUUGCUGGUGGAGUUGGGGGUCUCCCCACACCGGGGGGUCGCGAGCAGACCCUCGGCGCCAAGCACAAUCCGCCACCCACCACCCCCAUCUCGCUGGCGUCGGUGGCCGGGGGGCUCCCCCCUCAAAAGACACCCCCCGCCAACCCUCCAGCCGCCCCCCCGGCUUCGGCCCCUUCCUUCCCUCACGUCUCUGCCAAUUUGCCUCCCCCCCCGGCCCUGCGCCCCCUCAACAACGCGGUGGCCGCCUCCAGCUCGCCGGGGAUGGUGGGGCAGGCCCUGAGCGGCCAUCUUCCCUCCCCACACGGCAUGGGGCAGGACAAGGCGCCUGCCCUGGCCCCCUCUCGCUACCCCUACGCCCCGCCGCCGCUGCCCCCCUCCAGCUCCUCGGCCCAGUACCCCCCGGCCCAGCCCCUGCCCAGCUACAGCGCCUCCUACGGCCAUUCCUUCCCCCCCCCCAGCGGCCUCUCCGUCUCCAGCCAGCCCCCCAAGUACACCCAGCCCUCCCUCCCCUCACAGCCCGUCUGGAGCCAGGGACCCCCCCCCUACAGCCGCCCCCUGGGCAACGCCGCUUCCCACCCUGCCGCCCCGCCAUUCCCCGGCCAGCCGCCCCCCCAUCACCAGCAGCCGCCCCAGCAGCACCACCACGGCCACGGCAGCGGCGGGGGGGUCUCGCCGGCAGCCGCGGCUCCCCCCCAGCCCCCCGGGGGUUACCCCCACGGCCUGGAGUCCAACAGCCAUCACCCCUCCCAUGCCACCUACGGGCUGCGCCUCUACCCCCCCCACAGCCAGGCCGCCUACAGCCAGGCCCCCUCGGCGGCUGCCGCCGCAGCCCCCUCUUCCUCCUCUUCCUCCUCCUCCUCUUCCUCCUCUUCUUCCUCCUCCUCUUCCUCCUCUGCCGCCUCUUCCCAGGGAAGCUACGCCGGCAUGUGUGCUCACCCCCCGGGGCAGAGUCCUGCCACCUACACCUUCCCCCCGCCGCCGCCCCCUUCCCCUGCCCAUGGGGCCGGCCCUCCCGUCACCUCCGCUGCCACCACCCUCUCCACCGUCAUCGCCACCAUGGCCUCCCCUUCCGCGGCCCCCUACAAGACGGUCUCGCCCCCGGUGCCCCCGUCGGCCGUGGCCCCUUAUGGGAAGCGGGCGGCCUCCCCCGUCCCCACUUUCCAGCCCCCAGCCCCCUACAAGCCAGGCUCGCCCCCUGCAUCCUCGGCUGCCCCUUUCCGGGCAGCCACCCCUCCCGGCUACCGGGUGGCUUCUUCCCCCGUGGCAGGGGGCUACAAAGCCCCCUCGCCCGCCCCCUCUGCCCCACCACCCCUGCCGGGGACCAUGGCCGCCCCGGCCCCCCCGCCGCCCCCGCUCCCCCUCAGCGCCGCGCAGAUCAAGCAGGAGCCGUCGGAGGAGUACGAGCCCCCCGAGAGCCCCGUGCCCCCAGCUCGCAGCCCCUCGCCGCCCCCCAAGGUGGUGGACGUGCCCAGCCAUGCCAGCCAGUCAGCCAGAUUCAACAAACACCUGGACCGUGGCUUCAACUCCUGCUCCCGCACAGACCUGUACUUCGUGCCCCUCGACGGCUCCAAGCUAGCCAAGAAGAGGGCAGACUUGGUGGAGAAAGUGCGGCGAGAGGCUGAGCAGAAGGCGCGGGAAGAGAAGGAGCGGGAACGGGAGCGUGAGCGGGAGAAGGAACGGGAGCGGGAGAAGGAGCGGGAGCUGGAGAGGAGCGUGAAGAUGGCCCAGGAGGGCCGGCCGGUUGAGUGCUCGUCCCUGGGGCCGGUUCCCCACCGCCCCUCCUUUGAGCAGGGCAGUGCUGUAGCGACUGUUCCCCCGUACCUGGGCCCUGACACCCCGGCUCUGCGCACCCUCAGCGAAUACGCACGGCCCCACGUCAUGUCCCCCAGCAACCGCAACCACCCUUUCUACGUGCCGCUGGGUGCUGUUGACCCAGGCUUGCUGGGGUACAACGUGCCGGCCAUCUACAGCAGCGAUCCAGCGACACGGGAGCGUGAGCUGAGGGAGCGGGAAGCCCGUGAACGAGACCUGAGGGAUCGGGACCUGCGUGAACGUCUCAAGCCCGGCUUUGAAGUCAAGCCAGCCGAGUUGGAGCAGCUCCACGCCGUGCCGGCUGCUGCCAUGGAUCCGUUCCCACGCCAUGGCGGGCUGAGUCUGCAGACGGCCCCCGGCCUUCAUCCUGCUUUUCCUUUCCACCCAGGGCUGGGCCACUUGGAGCGGGAGAGGCUGGCGCUGGCAGCCGGCCCGACCCUUCGUCCCGACAUGUCCUACGCCGAGCGCUUGGCGGCUGAGCGCCAGCAUGCCGAGCGGGUGGCUGCUCUCAGCAACGACCCUCUGGCCCGGCUGCAGAUGCUCAAUGUGACCCCUCAUCAUCAUCAGCAUUCCCACAUCCACUCCCACCUCCAUCUCCACCAGCAGGAUGCCAUACAUGCAGCCUCAGCCUCUGUUCACCCUCUUAUUGACCCACUCGCCUCGGGAUCACACCUCACCCGGAUACCGUACCCAGCUGGAACCAUCCCCAACCCUCUCCUGCCUCACCCUCUACAUGAGAACGAAGUGCUGCGCCACCAGCUUUUUGCUGCACCCUACAGGGACCUGCCGGGCUCCCUCUCUGCACCCAUGUCAGCAGCACAUCAGCUCCAGGCCAUGCACGCCCAGUCGGCUGAGCUGCAGCGCCUGGCCCUGGAGCAGCAGCAGUGGCUUCACGCCCACCACCCUCUGCACGGCGUGCCCCUCCCGACGCAGGAGGAUUACUACAGCCACCUGAAGAAAGAAAGUGACAAACCCCUUUAAAUGGACUUCUACUGUCAAUGUGACAUCAUCAUGUCUUUCUCUCAAGAGGAGCAAUCAGUCAACCAAAUCCUGGGGGAGGGGAAGCUGCGGAGUGACACAUCCUGAUCCCACCAUGCAGUAGAGUGCAAGAGAAGACGACGGGACGAGAAGUACAGGAUGGCAUCCUGGGAGCAGAAGGUGGAGGAGAGAAAAUGGGGGGGGGGACUGAAACGCCACUAACGGACACGAAAAACGAUCGGUACGUGAUUUCAGCAGAGCUCUGAGAAAAACCGAAUCGGCAUCGCACCGAGCUCAAAAAGACAAAAGACUGACGUGAAUGCAGGGUGGCAGCAGCUCCAUCUUUUGUUUGGGGGCAACGGUUGCAUUAAAUCCGAAGAGCAUCGCAUCGCAGGACUCCACGUACGCGAUGCUGCUGCCUUUUCUGCUUCUGCGAGGAGGAGCCGCGGCCAAGAAGUAGCUCAAAACCCCACAGCGCCUUUUUUCAAGAUGCCUCCUCCCACCCCACCGCCCCUUCCUAGGUGUAAGAUAACUGCUUAGCGAUACAAGGAAAGCAACGCGGAACUUUUUUUUUUUUCAGAUUAGCCAGAGCGGCUUCCCGUUCUCCGACAUCCCUCCAGGUGCCAACAAAGCAUGACGGGACCCCUUCAGAAGCUCCUGCCUGCCUGGAGGGGACCGGUCCCAGCCAUCGGGGGGGAUGGGGUGCAAAGCACCGCAAAAGGACUCGUUUGCAAGGUGGUGGCCGUGCUUUCCCAGGGCUGGCGGGGAAAGGGGCACGGCCACCAGGUGCAAAGCACCGGGAGACUUGUUUUCCAGCCCGCCGUGUCACCACCGCCACCACCACGGCUCCUUUGAGCCCGGCGGGGAGAGGACGACGAUGACGACGUGGCCGAGCGUCCUGGGACUGAAAUCUUUAAGAUGGCGGCUGCCCUUUUCCCCUCACCCAUUCCAAAUUGAUGUACUUUUAACUCAUGCACAUCCUAUUAGACGUGGCAGUUUUAUGUAGCAACUUGUGACUCCCUCGCCCUCGUCCCCCCGUCCCCCCCAAUCCCUCCCCAGCGUGCGUGUCUGAUUUCACAGUUGUAUCUCUCUCGAUUGGUCCCCAUAUAUAUAUAUAUAUAUAUUUACUUAACCAUUAAAAGGAAAAGAAAACCAAACUGACAACCCAGCUAUGGAAAAACACCCAAAACGAAGUUUUCCCCACGCACUCCCAAGCCCCAACA